AAGAGAGUGAGUGUUCCUGCCGAGGAGCGUGAUGGCAUCUACGCGACAACUGCCGCAACCAGGUGAAGGUGGUAACGGGCAGAGGAAUCCGCCGCAAUGCUAUUCAUGUAAGGAAUACGGGCAUUAUGCCCGCGACUGUGGCCUCCAUUGGAAAGAGGAGAAAGAAAAGGCGGACAGGAGGCGACAACUAGCACCUGAAGCGGAAUCCAGUGAUCGGGCGGCUACUUAUGUGCCGCCGCGAGCUCGAUCAACGUCACCACGACGAAAUCGAGGGGAAGCUUCCAGGAGAUCGCCAUCCACGAAGCGCUAUGCCAGACGUCCAGAGAGUGCUCAAGACCCUGCAACUGACCUGGUGGCGAUGCUACUUGCUGAAGAAGAAGCCAAGAAUCAGAAGCGCUUGGAAAAGGAAGAGCGUAAGAAGAAAACGCAGGAAGAGUUGGAGAAAGCUGCGAGAGAAGAGAGACGGCGGGAAAGGAAGAAACAUGAGCAAGAGGUGAAUGAUCAACGUAUUGCGCGUAUCAUCAACCUUCAAAUGUCGCGAAGAUGGGGUGCCAUAAGACAGGAGCAGGAGGUAGAAGGCCGCCGCGAACGCCAACGAAAGACGAGAACCAUGAAACGGAAGUUGCGCCAGAGGAUCGCCUCCAACGAUCUGGAUACCGAAGAUGAAGUAGUAGCGCUUAGCGCCAGCACCGAGCGUAUUGACUUGAGUUCCGAAUCGGAGGAAGAGAGGGUGGCAACCACCCCGGGCAUUAUGCCUCUCACAAAUUCCGCGCGGAGGAUGUACGGCGUGGGGAAGACAUGCGGCCGGCCGCAGAAGACAUGCGGCCGACCGCGGAAGACUCUGGGAGUCAGACCACGCAACCUGAGUCAAGAGAUUGUCCCGGGAUCGGGACCGGACGCCAGGGAACGCUACAUCAAGGAGACAAAGGACUUUCUGUUUUCAUUGGAUUACAAGGAAAUGAAGGAUAUAUGCAAGCGCGAACAAGUUUCGUAUAUACGGAAGAAUCAGGCUAUCGCUGAUAUCGCUGAGCGCCGUGCUGCUAAGAAGUUCGAGAAGAACCGCCUCAUUACAACCGGGCAGAAGGCGCAACCGGAACCAUCUACGGACAACGGAACAGAUCCGUCGACCUCAUCUUCAGAAGUUUCGGAAGAUGAUAGCGAUAGCGGGGCGUGAAGUGCCUGUUCUACUCAACAGUUGUGGACUAUCUGUCGUGACUUGAUUUGCAAACGGAGAGUUUUGGGAGUAAUUGAUCAUGAGU